GCGUCACUCGGCCCGUCACAGCGAGCGUGACGCCGCCGGCGUGACAUCCAGUGACGUGACGUUACGGAAAGUGACGGCCGGGGUGGACUGGUGAUGUUCGUGGACGACUGGAUGAAUUCAGAAGAGAGAGCUCGCUGCGAUUGACUCUGGGAGCGUUUGGCGUGACUUGCUCUCGCAGCACCUAGUGUGAUUGACUGGGAGCGUCUGGUGAUUGAUUUCGGAAGCGCUUGAUGAUUGAUUCCUUGGUGACAAACUCUGGAAACUCCGGUGACUGACUCCGUCAGCGCCUGGCGGUUGUCUCUUUGAGUCCUACGGAACGCCACAGUCGGUGCUGGCGAUUGGUGCUGGUGCUGACGGAAAUGCGUGAUAUCGCUGCCGCCUUCAGUGCUGGUGUGACAUCUCAGUAGGGCGAGGUCGGCCCUAUCCCACACCGCCGCUCGUCUCACGUCGCCCGACACCUGCUCUUGAAGACAUCAUGUGGCUCGUCAACAAGACACUGGUGAUGACGCUCUGCGUGGGCAUCACGUUCGGGUUCAGCUUCGCCUACAUGGUGCUGACACUGGCACAGUACAGCCCGCAGGGCGGCUUCUACGACCGACUUCUGGGCGGCCGCGCCCGGGAGUGGUUCGGUCCUGACCGGUGUCACUGUUUCGCCCCGCGGCUGGACGGACCUCUGCAGCUGCACACUCAGCCCGGGUCGCUGACCCGGUCACAAUGUGGAUGUGGUGCCCGUGGAACACUCGGCCUCCGACCCGGCGCACGCAGGCGGUGACACGGUCGCCCUGGAGCUGGCCAAACGUGUGCGGGUGCUCUGCUGGGUGAUGACCAGCCGGCCAACCACGAGAAGAAAGCGCGACACGUCAAGGCCACCUGGGGCAAACGCUGCAAUAAGCUGCUCUUCAUGAGCACAGUGGAAG